AAUAUUUCUAAUAGAUUUUACAUACCUGUGUUAGUGAUAAUGAAGAAAUCUGAUGUUAUAUUUGUGUUUGAAUACAUAGGAUAAAAAAAAUUAAGAAUAAUACAUUAUAAAGCCAUAAAAUCUAGAAAUAUUAAAAAAUUUAAGAAUAAGAACCCAACACGCUACUAGUUAAAAAUAAACAGUUUAAUAACAAUAUAAUUGGAUAUUUUUAGAUAUAAUAUGGAUGGAAGUCAAAAGAAGGAACGACCUCCACAUCCAAGAGCUCGAGCCAAUAUUUUCGAAGUCCUUACUUUUGGAUGGACAGUUAAGUUGUUUAAUGUAGGUAAAAAACGGGAUUUGGAAGUAACUGACUUGUAUACUACCUUAGAUGUUCAUAAAUCUUCUUAUCUAGGAAAUGAAUUAAAUAAGAAAUGGCUAAAGGAAUUAUCCAACGCGAAAGUAUCAUUUCGCAAACCAAGUCUUUUGAGGGCAUUACUAAAUAUGUUUGGAAAAAAAUUUAUGUUGUUGGGACUGCUUCUGUUAACUUCAGAAAUGGUAUUAAGUACUUUUCAACCAUACUUUUUGGGUCGUAUUAUUGCAUACUUUGAAACAAAUGAACACAAAAGUGGUUCUCCAGCGCUUAAUGCAUUGGGUAUGAUAUUGGCUACAUUAUUUCAGACCUUAGGUUUCACUGCACAUGGAAUAAAUCUGGCACAUAUGGGUAUGAAGAUGCGUAUAGCAACGUGUAACCUUGUAUAUAAUAAGGCUCUUCGUUUAAGUAAAACUGCUCUUGGCGAGACUACGGUUGGUCAAGUUGUCAACUUACUUUCAAAUGAUGUAAACCGUUUUGAUAUUUCAAUUUUAAAUCUACAUUAUUUAUGGAUUGGACCAAUAGAGACUAUAGUUGUGGGAUAUUACUUAUGGCAGGAAAUUGGCCCGUCUUCUCUAUUUGGAAUUCUUGUGCUCCUUUUGGGUAUACCUGUACAAGGUUGGUUAGGUAAAAAAACAUCAGAAUUCCGUUCUAAAACUGCGGUUAGAACUGAUGAAAGAGUACGCUUGAUGAAUGAAAUCAUAUCAGGUAUACAAGUCAUAAAAAUGUACACUUGGGAAAAACCAUUUGCUUAUCUCGUACAAAUGGCAAGAAAAGAUGAAAUCAAGCAAAUUAGAGGUGGUUCUUAUGUCAAAGGGAUACUUCUUUCAUUCAUUAUUUUUCAAACUAGAUUGGCUCUGUUUGUCAGUGUUCUUGGUUUCGUAUUGUUUGGAAAUUAUAUCACUGCGCAUAAUGUUUUUGUUGUGACUUCAUAUUACAAUAUACUUAGAAAUACUAUGACUGUAUUGUUUCCUCAAGCAAUUGGACAAAUAGCUGAAUUGCUUAUUUCAAUAAAAAGACUUCAAAAUUUCUUAAUGUAUGAAGAAAAAAAUACGCAGCCGUCUUUUCAAUCUAAGGAGUUAAAACCUAAUAAUGGUUUUAAUAAAUUAGUUGAUACUGUUGAAAAAAUUGAUUCAAACACACAGCAAAGUAAUAAUAUAGCUUCUAAUAAACCUGGAGUAGUGAUAAACAAUAUAAUGGCCAAGUGGACAAAUGCACAAGUUGAAAACACAUUAGAAAAUAUUAAUUUGAUUGUUACACCUGGCCGACUAGUUGCUAUAAUUGGCCCUGUAGGUUGUGGUAAAAGUUCCUUAUUUCAAGCAAUAUUACAAGAACUUACUCUUAUACGAGGAAGUAUAUCUGUAAAUGGAAUUGUAUCUUAUGCUUCUCAAGAACCAUGGUUAUUUGCAGCUACAGUGCAGCAAAAUAUCCUUUUUGGAUCACCUAUGAAUAGGAGACGUUAUAAAAAAGUAGUUGAUGUAUGUGCAUUGGAAAAAGAUUUUGAACAAUUUCCUUAUGGUGACAGAACAAUAGUAGGAGAAAGAGGAGUUUCCCUUAGUGGAGGACAAAGAGCUAGGAUUAAUUUAGCAAGAGCUGUUUACAAAGAAGCAGAUGUUUACUUACUAGAUGAUCCAUUAUCAGCUGUUGAUACUCGUGUAGGUCGACAUUUAUUUGAAAAAUGUAUCAAAGGUUUUUUAAAAGAAAAAACAUGUAUUCUUGUUACUCAUCAAUUGCAGUACCUGACUAGAGUUGACCAAAUUUUAUUACUGGAUGAUGGUAAAAUUCUAGCUGAAGGAUCAUAUCAAAAACUUCAAAAUUCAGAUUUAGAUUUUACUAAAUUUUUGGGGACAUCAGAAGAUGGUUCUAUAACAUCUGAUGGUGAAUUUAAUUCAAAAAUUAAUACUGAUCAAAAAAAUUUAAAAAAUACUAUACUGCGAAGAAUGUCAUUUCAAAGUGUAUCUUCAAUAUCUUAUGAUGACAGUAAAAUCGAUCAAGAAAUAGGUGAACCUAUUGAAGUAGAAGAAACAAGAUCUUAUGGAACUGUGGCGUUGGGUGUUUAUUCUUCUUAUUUUGCAGCUGGUGGACAUUGUUUUAUAAUUAACUUUUUACUCUUUAUGUGUGUUUUUACACAAAUAGUAGCAUCUGGUGGCGAUUAUUGGGUCAAUUUUUGGGUAAGCCUCGAAGAAAAUGUUUUUCACAAUAGUUCGAUUCAUUCACAAAGUAACAUAACCCCAAGUGAAGGAUUCAUUACAAGAAAUUUUUGCAUAAUUGUUUUUGCUGUAUUUACAUUUACUAUGAUAGCUUCAACUUUAAUUCGAUCAGUUACAUUUGUGUCUAUUUGUAUGAGAGCUUCAAUGAAUUUACAUAAUCGGAUGUUUAACUCUAUAACAAGAGCAACAAUGUAUUUCUUUAACUCGAACUCGUCAGGUCGUAUUCUUAAUCGAUUUUCAAAAGAUAUAGGUGCUAUAGAUGAACAGCUCUCUUCAGCCUUAAUGGAUUGCAUACAAAUUGGCUUAACACUACUUGGUAUUCUUAUAGUUGUUAUUGUUGUUAAUUUUUAUUUAAUGAUACCAACAAUAAUUAUGAUGAUAAUAUUUUACAACUUACGAGUGUACUAUAUGUCCACAUCUCGAAGUAUAAAACGUUUAGAAGGAAUAACAAGAAGUCCUGUGUUUUCCCACUUAAAUGCUUCUAUACAAGGAUUAACCACAAUCCGUGCAUUUAAAGCAGAGCAAAUUCUUGCUCAAGAAUUUGAUAAUCAUCAAGAUUUACACUCUACAGCUUGGUAUUUAUAUAUAUCAUCUAGUAGAGCGUUUGCCUUUUGGCUGGAUUCAGUAUGUCUUUUGUACAUAAGUAGUGUAGCUUAUAGUUUUUUACUGACUGUAAAUGGUUCUUCUGGUGGCGAUGUCGGUCUUGCUAUAACUCAAGCUAUAGGAUUAAUAGGAUUAUUUCAAUGGGGAAUGAGACAAACAGCCGAGUUAGAAAAUCAAAUGACCUCAGUGGAACGAGUCCUUGAGUAUACAAAUGUUCCACAAGAACCAGAUUUACAAUCAACUCCAGAUAAUCAACCACCAACAAAUUGGCCAGCAAAAGGACAAAUGACAUUUAAAAAUUUAUAUCUACGUUAUACCCCAGAUGGUCCAUAUGUCUUAAAAGAUCUUAAUAUAAAUAUAAAUCCUUCAGAAAAAAUUGGCAUUGUUGGUAGAACUGGUGCAGGAAAGUCAUCAUUAAUUAGUGCAUUAUUCAGAUUAGCAACAAAUGAAGGUCAAAUUAUAAUUGAUACUGUAGACACAGGUAAACUCGGUCUGCACGACUUGCGUUCUAAGUUAUCAAUUAUUCCUCAGGAACCAGUUUUGUUUUCGGGUACCAUGCGAAAAAACUUAGAUCCUUUUGAUGAAUUCUCUGAUUUUAUUCUUUGGGAAGCUUUAGAAGAAGUGAAACUUAAGGAAGCUAUUGAUGAACUAAUGGAUGGUUUAAAUUCAAAAAUGUCUGAAGGUGGAUCCAACUUUAGUGUUGGUCAAAGGCAGUUAGUCUGUUUAGCUAGAGCUAUUGUAAGGAAUAACAAAAUUUUAGUAUUAGAUGAAGCUACAGCAAAUGUUGAUCCACAAACUGAUGCAUUAAUUCAAGGAACCAUCCGAAAAAAAUUCAAGAAAUGUACUGUGCUUACAAUUGCUCAUCGUUUAAAUACUGUGAUGGAUUCGGACAAAGUCCUUGUUAUGGAUGCUGGAAAAAUGGUUGAAUUUGAUCAUCCACACAUUCUUUUACAAAAUAAAAGUGGUUUUCUUUCGAAAAUGGUCCAUCAAACUGGUCCCAAUACUGCUGAACUCUUACAGAAAAUUGCUGAAGAGAGCUACCAAAUGAAAAGUACUGUUGAUUCUCCAAGCGAGUUUUUUGAAGUUGAAUAGUGAAAAACUAAGUUAACAAUUUUUUAAAAUUCAUUUUUAUUGGUACUAUUAUUUUAUACGUUAUGUUUAUAUAUAUUUACAUAUAUAAUAUUGUGAAAUUAUUUAAUUAUUAUAUUAAUCUAAUUGUAUUUUAGAUAAAUACUUAUAUAAUACUUUGUUAAUAUAAACAGAGAAAUAAUGCAAUUUAUGUUUCCUAUUAAUA